AUGACCGAAGAAGAAUAGAAAAUUUAAAAUUAGGGAAAAACAAAAAUUGCUGUAAAACCACCAAUUGUUUAAAAAAUUGGUACUAAAAAAACUGGAUGGUGUAAUUUUAUUGAAAUUUGCAAAAAAAUUAAAAGAGAUCCAGUUCACGUUCAAUAAUUUUUCAUGUCUGAAUUAGGUACUGAUGCUUCUAUCGCUAGUGAAUAUGUCCAAAACUAUUAUUUUAUAUUUUACUAUUAUUUAAUUCCUUCCCAAUAAGCUGUUUGUUAAAUACAACAUGAUGAUUAUUAUAUUAAGCAUGGUGAAAAAAAAAAAAUCUGUAGAAAAAUAUAUGAAGGAAUAGAAUAUGAUUAAUUUGAAAAGCAAUAAAUACAAGAAUUUAUUUAAUAUGUUUCUUAACAUAACAAGGAAUUAUUAAAUUAAAGUGAUAGUACAUAUUUAAAAAUUUUACAGUCUGGAUAAUUUAAUCAUAAAAAAGCAUUAAAAGUAAUAUAAAUAUAUUUAUUUAUAUAUAUAUAUAAUUAUAUAAAAAAAAAGAACCUUGAAAUACACAUAUAAUGGAAAAAUAAUCCAGAUAUGCAUUCUUUAGAUCAACCUUCUCUUAAUUUUUUAAAGGAAGGAACUGUUUAUUUAGCAGGAAGAGAUAAAAAAUAUCGUCCUGUUUUAAUAAUGGAUUGUUCUAAGUUAAAUAUGAAGAAAUAAACUGGUGAUUCUUUGAUAAGAGCAAUGAGUUAUUUUUUAAAUAUCAUUAAAAAGCAUAUGUUUGUAAAUGGAAAAAUAGAAAAUUGGAUUUUUAUUAUUGAUGUAAAGGAAAAAGGUAUAUUUGAUUUACCUCUCAAAGCUUUAAAUAUAAUUAUUUAAACAAUGUAAAUAAACUUUGGAGGUCACUUAGAAAAAAUGUUUGUUUUAAAUCCUUCUUUUGGACUAAAUACUUCGUGGAGUAUUAUUGAAAAAAUGAUUGAUGAAGAAGCUGCGGCGAAAAUUACUUUUGCAAAAAAAGGAAAAAUGGAAAAACUGUAUGAAUAAAUUCCUAAAGAAUAAGUAUAAAAAUAAUAUGGAGGUAAUAUGCCUAAUAUUACUUAAUUUUGGUAUAUUUUUUUUAUUAAUAUUUUAUUUUUUUGUUUAAAUUAAGGCCUCCUCAGAAUAUUUUUACUUCAGAAGAGUAAAUAUAAUAAUAAAAAAUUUCAAUUUAAAAUAGUAAUAAAAUUGUUGAAUAAAAAGAAAUUAAUGUCAAUAAUUAAAAAAUUAACAUUUCUGAGUAAGAGAAAUUGUUAAGAGAGUAUAAUACACCUAUAAAAGUGGAAGAAUAUUAAAAUAAAAAAGAGGAAAAAAUCUUACCUAAGAAAAGGAUUAUUAACAUGA